CCGAAAUCACAACUCCGUUUUAGGUUCCUGGUGGUGCCUGCUUCCUCUUCUAGUUUGUUUAGUCACAGAAUUCGAUUCCUGUCGGCCGAUUACGCGCCUACAAACAGGCUUAGCGCUCUAUUGAAAUGCGUGAGGCUCCUUAACUCUUGUAUAAACAGAAACCAGCUGUAACUUUAGGUCAGAGCGUAUUAAAAUGAGCCACUUCUGAACCAGCAGCGCCCAGGCCCCAGGCCCUGCUGUGAAGGCCCCGGCAAAGGUCAGGGCUUGGUCCGCGUGACGCUCCUUCCCGUGCCCGUCCGAGCUGCUCUGCCUCAGAGUUCGGGUAACAGAGGCAUCAGGACACCUUGUGUCAGGCACCCUAGCAGUGAGCAGCCACUCCUGGGCGCACUGACGGGGUUUGGAUUUGUCUCACGGGGCACUCCAAAAACUGAACUGAGAAAUCCCAAGAAAGCUGCCUGAAUCUUCCUGUGUACAUCGUGUAGAGGAUCACACAAAUCAAACUGGUGGUUUUUGUUUACAUCUUUGAGGCCCAAGACGAGACGCUACUGCUGCUGCUAUGUCUCCACCGGCCGUGGAUGCCUUUGACAUUAUGACCGCAGAGGAUUCCACUGCAGCCAUGAGCAGCGACUCCGCCACCGGGUCCUCUGCCAAGGUGCCCGAGGGCGUGGCGGGCGCGCCCAAUGAGGCGGCGCUGCUGGCGCUGAUGGAGCGCACGGGCUACAGCAUGGUGCAGGAGAAUGGGCAGCGCAAGUACGGUGGCCCACCGCCCGGCUGGGAGGGCCCACACCCGCAGCGUGGCUGCGAGGUCUUCGUGGGCAAGAUCCCCCGCGAUGUGUACGAGGACGAGCUGGUGCCAGUGUUCGAGACGGUGGGCCGCAUCUACGAGCUGCGCCUCAUGAUGGACUUUGACGGCAAGAACCGCGGCUACGCCUUCGUCAUGUACUGCCACAAGAACGAGGCCAAGCGCGCUGUGCGCGAGCUCAACAACUACGAGAUCCGCCCCGGACGCCUGCUGGGCGUGUGCUGCAGCGUCGACAACUGCCGCCUCUUCAUCGGGGGCAUCCCCAAGAUGAAGAAGCGUGAGGAGAUCCUGGAGGAGAUCGCCAAGGUCACAGAGGGCGUGCUUGACGUGAUCGUCUACGCCAGCGCGGCAGACAAGAUGAAGAAUCGCGGCUUCGCCUUCGUGGAGUACGAGAGCCACCGCGCCGCCGCCAUGGCGCGCCGCAAGCUCAUGCCCGGCCGCAUCCAGCUGUGGGGCCACCAGAUCGCUGUGGACUGGGCCGAGCCUGAGAUCGACGUGGACGAGGAUGUGAUGGAGACCGUGAAGAUCCUCUACGUGCGGAACCUCAUGAUCGAGACCACCGAGGACACCAUCAAGAAGAGCUUCGGCCAGUUCAACCCGGGCUGCGUGGAGCGCGUCAAGAAGAUCCGCGACUACGCCUUCGUGCACUUCGCCAGCCGCGAGGACGCCGUGCACGCCAUGAACAACCUCAACGGCACCGAGCUGGAGGGCUCGUGCCUCGAGGUGACGCUGGCCAAGCCCGUGGACAAGGAGCAGUACUCCCGCUACCAGAAGGCAGCCAAGGGUGGCGGCGCAGCCGAGGCAGCCGUGGUGCAGCAGCCCAGCUACGUGUAUUCCUGUGACCCCUACACGCUAGCCUACUAUGGCUACCCCUACAACGCGCUCAUCGGGCCCAACAGGGACUACUUUGUGAAAGGCAGCAUAAGAGGCCGGGGUCGAGGUGCAGCUGGCAACAGAGCCCCGGGCCCCAGGGGUUCCUACCUUGGGGGAUAUUCUGCUGGCCGUGGUAUAUAUAGCCGAUAUCAUGAAGGAAAAGGAAAACAGCAAGAAAAAGGAUAUGAACUUGUACCGAAUUUGGAAAUCUCUGCCGUCAAUCCAGUUGCCAUUAAGCCUGGUACAGUGGCCAUCCCUACCAUCGGCGCCCAAUAUUCCAUGUUUCAGGCAGCUCCGGCCCCUAAAAUGAUUGAAGAUGGUAAGAUCCACACAAUGGAGCACAUGAUCAGCCCCAUCGCUGUGCAGCCCGACCCAGCCAGUGCUGCUGCGGCCGCCGCAGCCGCUGCGGCCGUCAUCCCUGCCGUGUCCACGCCGCCGCCUUUCCAGGGCCGCCCAAUAACUCCAGUGUACACGGUGGCUCCAAAUGUUCAGAGAAUUCCCACUGCCGGGAUCUACGGAGCCAGUUACGUGCCAUUUGCUGCUCCAGCCACAGCUACGAUCGCCACACUACAGAAGAAUGCAGCGGCCGCCGCUGCCGUGUACGGCGGAUACGCAGGCUACAUACCUCAGGCCUUCCCCGCCGCUGCUAUCCAGGUGCCCAUCCACGACGUGUACCAGACCUACUGAGACCCGCCGCCGCCACUGAAGGAACACUUUACUAUUUAUGAAGAAAGACCGUGUUCGGUUAGCACACACGAAACCUGAACGCGAAGAAUGUUAUCAAAUACCAUACUGGAAUAUUUUAUAUUACAUGAAGUUUUCACUAGUUUUUUAAGACUGUUUUCAAUUUAGCAGACCUGUGUUCAUACAUUUCUAAGAGACUUGCAAUGGUUUGUGCCUUAAACACCAUCUCUUAAAAAUUUGUAUGUGGUAGUACAUUUGUAUAGAGGUUUUUGUUUUUGUAUUUUUAAGGAUAUAUUUUCAGUUAUGAAGGUUAUUUUCUUAACUUCUGCACUCCAGAGAUUUCUAUUUUGUAGUACCUUCAAUAAUAUAUCAAGUAUAUAUUAAAAAAGCACACUUGAGCAGCUAGGGAACUAUUUUGAAAAAUAUAUUCAAUAUUUAAAGAUACAAACAAUAGUGCUUUAAAAAUACUACAGAAAACAUUAUUUUAAAAGUUAUACUGGAAAGUGCAAUUAUAAAAUGAGUGAAACCUCUAUUUCUGCUGGAAUUAAGGGUUGACGGGUGUUAACCAUGUGUUAUUCAUGAUGGUUCUGUUCUUUAAACGCUCGACCUCUCCUUAAGCCAAUAUUGAAAAGACUUGUCACACUUCUGAGUCCAAACACUGGAAGGCGCUGUCACCUGCUGCCCUCGUCCCGGGCCCCUACUCAUUGUCCAUGUGCCUUUGCUCUUAGAUGUGUCCCCUCCGCCGCCCACCGCUACCCUCCACUCACCCUCCACCCCCCCCCCCCACCUUCCCCAGACCCACCUUCAUAUUUGGCAAGUCAAGGACAAAUUAAUUACUCUGACAGAGAACAUUGAUGGCUUUUAUACUUCUUUUUGUUAGGGUUUUUUGUUUUGUAUGGGUUUUUGUUUAGGGAGGGUUGUGGUUUGGUUGGGGAGCUAUUUUCAAUAGCAGAGUAUGUGUAAGCACAAGAUUUUAAUAGUUUGCAUAAGGCAUCUUUGCAUAGCUAUUUAAUUGUCCAAUAUGAAACCUUCACUCCUUUCUUAAUGCUUUUAUUAUAUUUGUUUUGAAGUCUAAGUUUGUAGAGACAGAGAAUGUUAUUAUAGACAAGACCCCAAAGGCUCUUGUUAGCAGACGGUUAUGGUUCUAGUUGCCUUAUCAUGUUUCAUGCACAAUGUCUGUGGUUGUCAGGGGUGUUGGAAAUAUGUUUAUUGAACAGGGCCUCCCUCUGUUGUUGCUGUGCAUGUGGCAAGUGAACUGAAUUGGGGCGUGCACAGCCAGGAGGAGGAGGAGAGACCUGUAGGAGUAAAAGAUAGUUUGUAAAUAUCUCCUAAUGCUCAUUUUUAGUUGUUUUAUGUUGCAAAAAUUCAUGGUAUAUAGUUGAAUGCAAAACAAAACCAUUUUAUUUCAAUGUUAUUAAACAGUUUUGUUUUAUUAGGAAGUAAAUGUAUUGUUGCAGUGUUUUGUGCCUGUUUAAAGGCUUUUGUUUAGCAGAGUGAAUGUAAAAUACAGUAAAAUGUUAAGAUUGUCAUCUACGUUAUGAAAUACAUCAACUUGGAAUUUUUUUUUUUAAGGUUCUAACAAGGAAGUGAGGUGUGCAAUAGAUGGCAAGGACAUAGUUGUGUUUUUACGUCAUAUUAGAGAUUCCAUCAAAUGUUUCCACUCACUGAAUUUUGCUGAUGGCUGAAUUCUUAUUGUGGAUUAAUAAUAGGAUCAUGCCCUUAGCAGAUGUUUUAGUUCUGUUUUACAUUUUAAAUUAAGAGAUUCCCAGAUGCUCUCUUUUCCCUCAUCUUAGGGUGGGAUGAAUUUUUUAUAUAUAAGCAAUAUUUAUUUAACUAUUCUAUAAGAUUAUUGAGUGCCUGCAAAGGCCUUUAAACAUUCCUAGCCUUCCUUUCCAUCAUUGUUAAAUGACAGAAAGUAAUUGUGCAAUGUUUUCUGAUGAUGUACCCAGCGAGCUGCAUCCAAACCCAAAUCCGUUGUAAUGAGUAAUCCAACAAAAUGCAGUUUGCAUUCAGCCCCCAUCCCUUGACUUUGUAUGAAAGAAGUGCUCUCUUACUCUUCUUCCAGUGAAGGGUUAAUUAGCACAGAGGUUCACUGGAUGAGACUGACCCAGGGAUCUUACUGUAUUUUACAUGUGCCUGUAAGUUAUUUGCAAAAAUGGAAAAAAAAAAAAAAAAAGAAAACAAUGGUGUCUUAACAUGGCAACUACCAAACUACCUUAAAAUAAAUGUUGGUGACAUAGCCAGUUAAGUGUCAGUGAGCCUCCCACCUACCUAUGGUCUGCCUGUUCCUGUUGUUUCAAAACCAUUUCACAUAUAUACACUACUGAGGUAAGUUUGUAACUUGAAAUGUGAACUUUUUUUUAGGGUUAAGAACAAAGUAUAAAAAUGUUUAAAAAAAAAAAAGCUUUCGAGUUCUCUGUUUUCAAACGUGCUGGCAGUUUAGUUGUUAUCUUUAGUUGCUUUGUAUUUGAAAAGCUGUUAAGUUUAUUUAGAUCUUGCUUCAUUUACAGUACAUUCUUAGGAUGUAUGCAGUAAAUAAAACUUUCUUCAAGCAAUUUCAA